AUGGGCACCCAGGAUGAGCAGGGAACCCAUGGGAGGGGAGACUCCCUCGGCAGCCUCGACGAUUACCACUUGCUAAGCGGGGAGGGGAUAGGCGAGAGCGAGUUGAAAGAUGUAGACAAGGAGCUGGAGAGAAUGGCCAACAUGGGGGAGCUAAAGGAGAUGACGUCCGAGGAGUUUCGGGAGCUCAUGGGGGGUGACGCAGAUGGAGGAGGCGGCGCAGAUGCAGUUGGCGACGCCGAUGCAGUUGGCGACGCGGACGGAGGAGGCAACCCAAGUGCCAGUUUCAAUCCCACGAGGAAGUCCCAACAGAAGAGCCUGCCGAGGUUUUCCCAAAUGAGCUUCCUCAACGACGAUUUUCAGCUGAAGGAGGACUCUCAUUUUGCCACCUUGGCUUCCAAGCCCAGUGGGAGGAGAGACAGUCACUUGUCCCUGGGGAACAUGCGUAACUCGUCUGUCUUUAACUUAAGCGUAACGGACGACAAUGGGAAGAGGUGGUCUCACAAUUAUAACUCCGGGGGGAAUGAAAAGUUCCACGUGUCCCUUUCUCGCACGGACAAUGCGUAUGAUAGCGAUUUGAUAACGCCCUCUCCGUCGAAGGGGCACAGUCAGGGGGGGAGAAGCGGGAUGGGCGGAGAGAUAGGCGGAGAGAGAAGCGCCAGGGGAAGCGGCGGGAGAAGCAACGCGCGUGGCAGACGCUCCAUCGACGUGCUGGAGGAGGAGCUGGACAAACUGAAGAGGGGCUUCCUGCUGAACAGCGGGGGGAACGGCCACCUGAGCGACAUCUCGAAUGAGGAUUUCCCGGAGGGGGGCUACGCAAGCGACUCCGAGUUUUUAAAGAGAACCUCCCUAGACAAGAAGAUAAGUGUUGACCUGAACUUUGGAAACGACGAUUCUUUAAAUAACAGUAGACUGUCCAACGGGAGUUACUGCCCAUGGGAAAGCAGAAUUAGCACCUCUAGGAAGAUGCGACUGCACAAUGAGACGCCAAAAAAAGGAAUUCUAAAGCAGAGCAACUCCCUUUCCCCGAUAAAGGAACUACCCGAAAAUGUUAGUGCACGAAAGAAGUCGGUGCAGUUCUCCCAUAGAUCUAUUGCCGUUUUUGAUGACAAAGAGAAGGUGUCGCCCCUGCAUCUAACUCAGUUUACUAGAAUUUCUAGCGAUUCUAACAAAUCGGAAGUGAAGCGCAAAAGUGCAUCCAACGAUCCCAGUUCAGGCAAAGAAAAGGCAGACACCUUUGGGGAAAUUUUGGCUAGUCGCACAGAUAAGUCCCCAAUUGAUGAGCUACUCUACAGGUAUGACAGUCUCACUGGUGCGAAGAGGACCUCCGCCGGUUACCCGGUGACAGAUGGGAAUGCAUCGAACGACUUCUUCAGGAGAAUGUCCUCCGAAUCGGUGCGAUUUAAAACGAAGACCUCCGUGGAUAUGGUCCACUCGGCGAGACUGUCCCCCAUUAAGAAUAGGUCCCAGGGGGGAAACGCCAAAAGGAGUAGCCAGCUAGAUGGAGACAGUGGCAAAGCGAGGGAGCAAGCGAGGGAGCGAGAGAGGGGAGAGGAUGACGAAGAGGACGUCCUCCAUAAACUGCUCACCACAGACAUUGACAGCUUAAAGGAGGAGGACUUCCUAAAGUUUAGUCUCCUUAGCGAUUCGAGGGAGUUUAAAGAAUUCGGGCGAGUGGACAGCGGGGAGACGUAUGAGAGGGCCCCCAGCGAGCGCUCCAAGGGGGGUGUAGAAGAAGGUGGAGCCGAGGAAGACGCAGCGGCGCAGGCCCAUCUGGAGGAUCGAUCUGUUCAAAGGAGAGAAGGAGACAACAGCGAGGUGUUUUAUGAGUGCAACGAUAGCGCCGUUUCGGUGGCCAAGAGGGGGGCGGCCGAAGUGGCAGAUGGAGAGGGGGGUGCAAGCCGCUACAUGGUAAAGGAGGAACGGGGGGAAGAAAGAAGCGAACAGGAAGGGGAGAAGGAUGACCCUCUUGAUGAGCACAAACCGACCACGGAAGAACCGCAGUGUAAGGAGGAAGAAGUGAGGGGGGACGCUCAGGUGAGCACUGCCGGGGGGAAGGCCCCCAUGGAGAGGCUCCCCUCCGACGAAGCGGUGCCGCCCACGGAGAACGUCACCAUACAGUACAGGGCGUCCUCGCAUAGGCGGAGCGAGCGCGCCCCGGCUGAAGAGGAGAAGGAGGGAGGAGGUGAAAGUGGAAAUGUGAAAGAUGGUGACGGGGAUGCUUCAGGUGGGGGCCACUUGGAGGGAGAGGCGCAGCUGAGCAGGCAGUCUAAUAGGCCUCCAAAUUGGCCCCCAAAUGGGCAGUCUAAUAGGCAUUCGAAUGGACAACCCAACAGGGGGGGCGAACCCUCGAGGCGGCUCGCUGAAGGCAGGAAGGCCACCGAGAGGAGGACGAUAAACGUAGGGGCGACCCCCGCGCAGGCGGACGACCGGGAGGCACAGCAAAACGGUUUGAAGGUGGCCAAGGCGAACCGGCGAGCUAGCUACAGCGUGAAUAUGCACGCCAGGAUCGACGAGGCGCAGGCGAGGUUCAGGGACAGGAAGAGCCUAAACGAGGGGGGAGGAGCGGCUGGGAAGGGUGCGCAGGGGGAAGAAGCGGAAGAAGUGGAAGAAGCGAACGAAAUGAACGAAGCGGAAGACGCCGAGCGAGUGGACCGCCUAAACCGCGUAGACAGCUUAGACCGCUUGGACCCCGCGGAGGAGGACAGGGAGGCCGUGCUUCGCAAGGCGGAGCUGUUUAACCGGGGGGAAGGCCAGCAGCAUGAGGGAGAGCAGGUCCGCGUGGAGUCGGCCGCCUACGGCGAAGAUGGCGUAGUUGGAGAGGACCAUUUGCAGCUGCGGGCCCGGGGGAGGUACACGACGCACAUCGGCAGGGGGGCGUUCGCGCGCGGGUCGAGCGACGACCUGCAGGAGCUGAGCCAGCACGCAAGGGCCAACUCGGACGAGGGGAACUACAAGAAGUUCGUGUAUGACGUGGGGGAGGGGUUCUCCGUGGAGGAUGACUUGGAGCUCGCCGCGGGCGAGGAGGCGUUUCGCAGCGCGGACAUGGGGGGGCACCCGGAUGGCGCAGAGGGGGGAAGCCACAUGGACGGCGCAGAUGAGGGAAACCACCCGGAUGGUGCAGAUGAGGGACACCACCCAGACGACGCAGAGGAGGGAAGCCACCCGGAUGGUGCAGAUGAGGGACCCCCCCCGGAACAGUCCCAACGAAGCCGCAGGGAGCAGAGGCAAAAGCUGCAAAGGAAGCUAAAAGAAAAUUUACUUAAAAAACAGGAAAUGAUAAAGCAGAUGACUCUGGCAAUCGUAAGAAGGUGUAGGAUCCUCUCCCUGCGGGAGCUAAAGAGUAACAAGAGAAACCUAACCAACCUGAUGCAGCUGUAUGAGUGCAUUCGAGACAUGAUGUUCUCCUUUGUUGGCAAGAUAAAUCACCUGAACAAUGUCAGCAUAAAGUUAGAUGAUGCCAUUCUGAAAUAUGAGGUUACCCAACUGAGGUGCAGUAGAACGAAAAAGGCAAUCGAGACGCUAAGAAAGUAUAAUGGCAAAAUGGAGACCAAAGUGAAGGAGAAAAAGAACCUACUCUCCAAACAGGAAAAUGUGCUACAUAAGAAGAUGAAGAAACUAGAAGCGAUGACAGAGGAGCUGAGCCAACUGAGGAGUCUACACAACGAAGGCUCUGCCAGGAAACAGGAAAUCCAUUUGAUUGAUUUAUAUAAGAGGAAGACGGAUGAGUUGAGGAGCAUCCAACUGGUUAAGGGGUUGGUGGUCAACAGUUUUAGCAAAUACGGGAUCAAUUUUGAGCUCCUCAAUUGUAGCUACUUUAACUUUGCCACGCUGUAUGAUUACCCGGGGGAAGCGGCAGACGGGGUAGCGGUAGCUGCAGGCGGGGAAGCUACAGACGGGGUAGCGGUAGGCGCGGCAGCUGCGGCAAUGGCGACCGCUCGUGACCCCCCGCCAACCCAGGAGGAACCCCCCCAGCGGCUGCACGAAAUCAGCGAGCUCUACGAACGAGAGUGCAAACUGAAAGGCAAUCACAGGAGGGCCAAACGAAACGCCACCCUCCUAAACAACCAAAUUUCAGAAGAAGACAUGAGUUGUGCCUGGCCCUACAGCAUCACAAUAGAUAUUAUAUUUUGCAAUAUGAGCAAGGGGACGGUGCAGAGAGAGGCAGACAAUUACAUGGCUUCCUCUCCUGUUAAGAUCAAAAAUAUGAAGCAUCUGAUUGCUAAUAAGAUGCACCUACUGGGUGGAGAGAACGCAGGGGUGGGAGCUACCUCCGCGGACGCCAGCAGGAAAUAUAUAAAGCUGUUCAGGCCCUAUAAAAUACAAAUGAAUUCCUUCGACACCUUUAAGGAGAUCACCUUGACCACCUACUAUAACUACAUCAGUAGCGACAUUUUAUAUUUCCAUAUCUGGAAUAAGCGGCCCGAUCGGGAGAGCUACUCCUUGAAGGUGAAUAGUCUGCAGGACGACGGGAGAGCCAAGCGCAGGAACCGCGUGCAGCUGCUGAGGAAGCACAUCGAGAGUUACUCCUAUUACUGCAGCGACAGCCACGUGGGCGCGGAGUGGAAGCUGCAGCUCGAGAUCGUCAAGUUUAAGCUGCUGGAGGUGGUCAACCGGCGGCUGCAGCGCUACACCAGCCGGGGGGGCGGCACGGUUGGCGGUAACGUCAGCGGCAACGUCGUCAGCGGCAACGUAGGCGGUCACCUGGUUAGCGGCAACGUAGGCGGUCUCCUCGGGGGCCACCUCGGGGGCAACGCGAACGAGGCCGGCGCGGCCAAGCCGAACAAGGAGGCCCUCAUGUACCUCGUGGAGGAGGCCGAGCACGCCAGCGUCAUCCUGAUCAACCUCCUCAGCCAGUACAAGCACCUCCUCAAGUGCUUCCUCUGCCUGUCUAACACCUUCUUCGAUUACCACCAGCCCGUCGUCAUCUUCAAGACGAUCGUUUUGUCCCAGCAGCUUUGCCCCCACGCCCUCUGGCUCUACCUCUACGUCAACCUGGAGGAGGCGUUCACCUUCGCCUCGCUGCUGCACGGCAUCGUGCAGGUGAAGGUGGAGAGCGUCGACGAGGAGGACAAGUAUAGCGAGGACUGCAAGGCGCUCAACGCGAGCAUCGUCAAGACGCUGCAGCAGUGCAUCUUCGCGCUCAAGUCGAAGCCCCUGGACCUCUCCGAGCGGAUAAACUCCUACAACGUGGUGGACGUGAUCUACGCCGUCGUCAUGAAUGAGAACUACAACUUCCACAGCUACCAGAACAACCUGGACGACAACCUGAAGAAGCUGACGUCCUGCGAGACCUUCAUCAACGGCGUGGUGAGCAAGAGCAUCGUCGUCCCGUUGGAAGUUAAAAAGUGA